AGCCGGAAGCCGGAAGCGGCGGGUCGAGGCGGCGGGAGGGCGUCCGGCAGGCCGCGGGCGUCGAGGUGCGGGCAUGGUGGGCCGCGGGCGCGAGCUGACCAUCCACUUCGUGCCCGGGCACUGCCGGCUGCUGCAGGAGGAAGUGGACGUCCCCAGCAGACGAGUCCUGGUUACUGGAGCCACUGGGCUUCUGGGCAGGGCCGUCUACAAAGAGUUCCACCAGAACAGCUGGCAUGCUGUCGGCUGCGGCUUCCGGCGAGCCCGGCCCAGGUUUGAGCAGGUCAACCUGCUGGAUCCCGCUGCGGUUCACCACAUCCUGCAGGACUUCCAGCCCCAGGUCAUAGUGCACUGUGCGGCAGAGAGGAGGCCAGAUGUCGUGGAGAGCCAGCCAGACGCUGCAUCCCAGCUCAACGUGGACGCCUCUGGGAAUUUGGCAAAGGAAGCAGCUGCAAUUGGAGCAUUUCUAAUCUAUAUAAGCUCAGAUUAUGUAUUUGAUGGAACAAAUCCACCUUACAGAGAGGAAGACGUCCCCAGCCCCCUGAAUCUAUAUGGCAAAACAAAGCUGGAGGGAGAAAACGCUGUGCUGCAGAACAACCCAGGCGCCGCUGUUCUGAGGAUUCCUGUUCUGUACGGAGAGGUGGAGAAGCUGGAGGAAAGUGCCGUGACGGUGGUGUUUGACAAAGUGCAGUUCAGCAACAAGUCGGCCAACAUGGACCACUGGCAGCAGAGGUUCCCCACCCACGUCAAGGACGUGGCCCACGUGUGCCGCAGGCUGGCCGAGAGGAGGAUGCUGGAUCCGUCAAUUAAAGGAACCUUUCACUGGUCUGGCGACGAGCAGAUGACCAAGUAUGAGAUGGCGUGCGCCAUCGCCGACGCCUUCAACCUGCCCUGCAGCCACCUUCGGCCCAUAACUGACAGUCCUGUCCUGGGAGCACAGCGCCCGCGGAAUGCUCAGCUGGACUGCUCCAGAUUGGAGAGCCUGGGGAUCGGUCAGCGGACGCCCUUCCGCAUCGGCAUCAAGGAUUCACUCUGGCCCUUCCUCAUCGAUAAGAGAUGGAGGCAGACGGUCUUUCACUAGGCUGCGUGUGCGGUUUUGUAUUUUAAUGAAAAGCAUAGUAUGUGGCACUUUUUAAAGAUAAGAAGAGCUAGUUUUGUAUGUGUGCUCGUUGAUUGUAACUCCAGUCUUUCAGGUAAAUGAUGCUCUUGAACUAGUGAGAUUGUCUCAGAAAAUGGAGGUCUGUGAGGCCUUGCUCCCAGCCGUGACCUUCCCCUCCUGUUUGGUCUGUUCUGGCUGCCUGGCUGUCUGGGUGGAGUGUUUCUGCUUCUGGGCCACUUAAGAGCCAGGAUGAAGUCAGCCUGCUGGAGCUGCGCAGGGGCGAGACGCACUGUUCACCCUGUAGCCCUGACCUUUUCAGGACGUUUGCAGCUGUUGGCCUUUUCUGUUUAAAACAUAGUAUGUUGAAUUGUAUGAAAAUCACUGAUGUUCAUUACUCGCUUUGCUUGAGCGCAGAUCAAAUGUUCGAAGAAAGAAACUUUAUUUUUGCAACUUCAGUGCAGUUUUUAAUGCUUGAGAUAUUUUCACAGGUUCCGCACAUGAGAUUCCUGCUCCAUGCCUCCGAUCUGUAGCAGUGUGGUGAGAACACAUGUCUGUGUGUGUGUUUACAAAGACACGGUCCUGUCCUUGACGCUCCAUGGCACAGGUUGACACUUCGUAUGUGUGGCAAUUCUGGUAAUAAUGGAACUUGUAAGUCUCCUGACCAUUUGUGGAUUAUAAUAAAUCUUAUCAUUGGCAUGGCA